AUGCCCGACACGACGCCAGAUUCCAAGAGAGAUGCAGCCAAGGAUGCGCGCGCAAAGGAUUUCUCUGCGGCCAAGGCCGACAAGUCCAGUCCCAAGAAGCGCCGCAAGGUCAAUCACGCCUGUGUCUACUGCCGUCGCUCGCGCAAUAUCGGCCAUCUGUGCCAUGAUGAAGCCAGAGAACCAGCGAAGCGGACCCGGAGCGAAGCAGAGCAUUCGGCGGCGGACGAAGAGGGCUCGUCGACUCACGACCUCGCCUCUGUCCAAGGGAUGCCUCGCCCCGUCGACGUCCCGGAUACCUCCGCCCAGUCCAUUCUUCCAGACGGUACGAUCGCACUCCCGCCCACUGUGAAUCCUGUCGCAUCAGGUCUCGGCUCCAACUCUCAGCAGCUCAUGGGCUACAACGACUGGCUCGGAGGCCAGCAGAACCAGUUCCAGGAUAUGCACUCGCUCCAUCCGUCGUACAUGUUCAAUGCGCCGGAAGUGACCAACGAAUACAACCUGCUCGGGGACUUCCUCAGCAACAGUCUCUUGGACGACGGGGCCAUAUUCCAGAAUCCGGAUAUGCAAGGCAUAUAUUCGGAUCCCACGCCGAUGAACUCCAUGAACAAUAUGGGCGUGCCCAACGGCUUACCCCCGCCGCAGCUCCCACCACCGGCCCAGAGCCAGGCACCACAGGAAGACUCGAUCCAGCGCCCGACAUCGACAGUAGGCAACGACAAGGCUCGCGAAACGUACUACAUGACCGCCGCCGAUCCCUCGGGCUCUGACCCGCCCGAGGAGCGGAUGAACAAGCUCCUCAAGGCGAAAUACGAUGCGGGACUCCUGAAGCCAUUCAACUAUGUCAAGGGAUACGCACGGCUCAACCAAUAUAUGGAGAAGAACAUGCAGCAAGCGUCCCGUCAGAAGAUUCUCCGGCAACUCGACAAAUUCCGGCCCAAGUUCCGCGAGCGCAUGCAGAGUCUCACCGAUAUCGAACUGAUCCUGGUCGAAAUGUGGUUCGAGCGCAGUUUGAUGGAGUACGACCGUGUUUUUGCCAGUAUGGCCAUCCCCGCGUGCUGCUGGCGGCGAACAGGCGAGAUCUUCCGAGGCAAUAACGAGAUGGCGCAGUUGAUUGAUGUGCCGAUUGAAGUCUUACGCGAUGGCAAACUCGCCAUUCACGAGAUCAUCGUCGAAGACCAGCUCGUCAGCUACUGGGAGAAGUUCGGUGCCAUCGCCUUCGACAAUACCCAGAAGGCCAUGCUCACCAGCUGCACCUUGAAAAGCCCCAAUCCCAAUUCCCCGGGCGAUGGCAUCCCAUGCUGCUUUUCGUUCACGAUCCGACGAGAUAACCACAACAUCCCCUCUCUUAUUGUCGGUAAUUUCCUGCCCACGCAGCGAAUACACAAGUAA